GCUGACGACGCCGCUACGACAGCGCCCGAGGAGUCGACCUUUUCCGUGGCGGAGACGACAGGUGCCGUCAGUACAACAACACCUGGAGACAGCACAGCUCAGGCGGGGACGGCUGACGACGCCGCUACGACAGCGCCCGAGGAGUCGACCUUUUCCGUGGCGGAGACGACAGGUGCCGUCAGUACAACAACACCUGGAGACAGCACAGCUCAGGCGGGGACGGCUGACGACGCCGCUACGACAGCGCCCGAGGAGUCGACCUUUUCCGUGGCGGAGACGACAGGGGCCGUCAGUACAACGACUCUCGGAGACAGCACAGUUCAGGAGGGGACGGCUGGCGACGCCGCUACUACAGCGCCCGAGGAGUCGACCACCCCGGUGGAGGAGACGACAGGUGCCGUCAGUACAACAACGCUCGGAGACAGCACAGUUCAGAUGGGGACGACUGGUGACGCUACUACGACAGUGCCCGAGGAGUCGACCUUUCCCGUGGCGGAGACGACAGGUGCCGUCAGUACAACAACAUUCGGAGACAGCACAGCUCAGGCGGGGACGGCUGGCGACGCCGCUACUACAGCGCCCGAGGAGUCGACCACCCUGGUGGAGGAGACGACAGGUGCCGUCAGUACAACAACGCUCGGAGACAGCACAGUUCAGGUGGGGACGACUGGUGACGCUACUACGACAGUGCCCGAGGAGUCGACCUUUCCCGUUGCGGAGACGACAGGUGCCGUCAGUACAACAACACUCGGAGACAGCAUAGCUCAGGAGGGGACGGCUGGCGACGCCGCUACGACAGCGUCCGAGGAGUCGACCCUGGUGGCGGAGACGACAGGUGCCGUCAGUACAACAACGCUCGGAGACAGCACAGCUCAGCUGGGGACGACUGGCGACACCGCUACGACAGCGCCCGAGGAGUCGACCUUUUCCGUGGCGGAGACGACAGGUGCCGUCAGUACAACACCACCUGGAGACAGCACAGCUCAGGCGGGGACGACUGGCGACGCCGCUACGACAGUGCCCGAGGAGUCGAUCAGCUCCGUGGCGGAGACGACAGGGGCCGUCAGUACAACGACUCUCGGAGACAGCACAGUUCAGGAGGGGACGACUGGUGACGCCACUACGAUAGUGCCCGAGGAGUCGACCACCCUGGUGGCGGAGACGACAGGUGCCGUCAGUACAACAACACUCGGAGACAGCACAGCUCAGGUGGGGACGACUGGUGACGCCGCUACGACAGCGCCCGAGGAGUCGACCUUUUCCGUGGCGGAGACGACAGGUGCCGUCAGUACAACACCACCUGGAGACAGCACAGCUCAGGCGGGGACGACUGGCGACGCCGCUACUACAACACCGCUCGGAGACAGCACAGUUCAGGCGGGGACGGCUGGCGACGCCGCUACGACAGCGCCCGAGGAGUCGACCUUUUCCGUGGCGGAGACGACAGGUGCCGUCAGUACAACACCACUCGGAGACAGCACAGCUCAGGCGGGGACGACUGGCGACACGACCGCGCCCGAGGAAUCGACCACCCUGGUGGCGGAGACGACAGGUGCCAUUAGUACAAUACCACCGGGAGAUGGCACUGAGACCAGCACAAGUGGCACCACUGACACGCAGAGCAGCACCAGCGCAACCAGCACCACUGUGACCAGCACUACUGCGUCAUUCACGACUGUGAGCACCGCAUCGAUGACCUCCAGCACAACAGUAUCAACGAAAACAGGGACUUCCAGCUCCACUGGCACCUCCAGCACGACAGUGCUAACUGGAACAGAAACUUCUGCCACAACUCGGAGUGUGACUUCCGAGACGUCGAGCAAGUCAGAGUCAACGACAUCGGAGAUUUCCACUACGACUGCAAGCACGACCUCCAUGAGUGGCACGACUGCAAGUACGACUUCAGAUACGUCUAGUUGGACGGUCACAUCGAGCACCUCUAUUUCGACACUGUCAACGAAAACAUUGACUUCAUUCACGACUGUGAGCACCGCAUCGAAGACCUCCAGCACAACAGUAUCAACGAAAACAGGGACUUCCAGCUCCACUGGCACCUCCAGCACGACAGUGCUAACUGGAACAGAAACUUCUGCCACAACUCGGAGUGUGACUUCCGAGACGUCGAGCAAGUCAGAGUCAACGACAUCGGAGAUUUCCACUACGACUGCAAGCACGACCUCCAUGAGUGGCACGACUGCAAGUACGACUUCAGAUACGUCUAGUUGGACGGUCACAUCGAGCACCUCUAUUUCGACACUGUCAACGAAAACAUUGACUUCAUUCACGACUGUGAGCACCGCAUCGAAGACCUCCAGCACAACAGUAUCAACGAAAACAGGGACUUCCAGCUCCACUGCCACAACUCGGAGUGUGACUUCCGAGACGUCGAGCAAGUCAGAGUCAACGACAUCGGAGAUUUCCACUACGACUGCAAGCACGACCUCCAUGAGUGGCACGACUGCAAGUAUGACUUCAGGUACAUCUAGCAGGACGGUCACAUCGAGCACACAGACGUCGAGCAUGUCAGUGUCAACGAACACUGAGUCUUACACCACGACUGCGACUAGGACAUCCGGUACGUCUGCAACGACUUUGAGCACGUCAUCCGAAACCUCAAUUUCUAGCACGACUGGGACUACAAUAACCGAUACCUCCAGCACCACGGGGACCACCCAGAGUUCCACCACCACUGGGACCACGACAACCAAGACCUCUACCACGACGGUGUCUGCAACUUCCGACAGCUCUACUACGACAGGGACCUCGCCAACAAGGACCUCUACCAAGACGGGAACUACCACAUCCAAGUCUUCAAGAACGACUGUGUCUACAACCACUGAGUCCUCUACAACCACUGAGAUUUCGACAAGCGAGACUUCCAGCAAGUCCGGGACUAUGACAAGCAAGACCUCCAGCGCGACAAUGUCGUCCAGCACCUCGCUGACAAUUAGUUCGGGCACCAUUUCCACGACAAUAUCAUCGACAACAGAGACCUCUGGCACCACAACGGCGACUUCAAGCACGACUGCCUCGUCCACGUCUAGAACGUCGACCUCGACUGCAAGUACGUCAUCCCUGACAUCCAGCACGACUUCGAGUACGACGUCCGAGACCUCAAGUGCAAGCAUAUCCUCCACGUCUGUGACCGCGACUGCCACCAUAGAGCGCUUGUCCGAGAUCCGCAGUACCCUUCGGCUUACAUUCGGCACCAACGUCUCCACAGCUGAUGCUGCGGCCGCUGCACAGUGCGCCGUUGCGUCGUAUCUGAACACGUCGGAGUCGCUGGUCGUCAUCGACGCUGUAACCGUCAAUCAAGCAGGCGUAUCUCGCAGCGGACGGGGUGCGAGAGCACUUAGCAGCCUCGCAUACGAAAUUGCUUACAUUCUGUUGGUAGGGGGAUCCGACAUUGAGAGGCAGGAAGCACGCUUGACUGAGCUGUUCCACGAUACCAGCGCCAUCGCUUCGACUCUCCAGGUGGUGGUCGCGCAAAUGGGUCUGCCUACUAUAACAUCCGUAGUUGCAACCAUGCCAGAAAUUCGCUUGUGGUCUCCACCGACGGCAACACAUACGUCAACGACGGAUCUUGCCACGAGCCUCCCAGAGCUUCCGAUGGGCGCGUGCGUCGGUGGCCCAGAUUUGCCGAUCGGGUAUGAGUUCUGGGAUCCGGGCUGCGUGAAUAUGAGCUACCUGGACGUGUGCAACAUCUCAUGCUCCGACGGUUACGAAAAUCUGGGGGGCCCAGCCCAGAUCGUUUGCUCUGCCCCAGCGGGUUACAGCUGGGUCAAUGGCUCGGGAGCUUGCACCGAGAAGUCAUGCUACGCGGACUCGGUGCCAGACAUGUUGGGUGUGGCCAGUGCUUCUUCUUGCGUCGGCACUGCGAGCGGCACAAGCUGCUCGCCAGUAUGCAACGAUUCGUACGAACUGAUCGAGCCAAUGAAGUGCAACAAGGGUCACUUCGACGAGCUGCCAUUGAUGUGUGUACCCUCCAACCACGCAGAGACGCUCGAGGUCGUGGACACAUUUCUCAUUGAGAUGACAAUCGCCACCAACGAGUCCCAGUCGGGCCUCACCGCCGAGUGGGCCAGAAGUGCGGGAGGCGAGGCUGCACUCAAGAGCUCGAUCGGCAAAACCUUAGGCCUGCUCCAGGGGCAGAUCUUCCUGAAAGGGCAGAAGGACCUGACCUCCGACUGGGGCCGUGCCGUGCCAGCGCGACGCCUCACGACAUCGCAGGGGCUGUUCUUCGAGGUCGUGCUCCAGCCGUACCCGAUUGACAACGUGACGGACCUGGAGCAUCGCAUCCUCGCCCUGGGCGGGGGCAACUUUACCCACGAGCUCGACGCGGCCCUAAGAAGCUCCGGAACCAGCGCCCUGCCUGGCCUCGCCGCGGCCACGCUCGUCGUCGGGGCGCCCGCGCAGGUCAGCUUCACCCUUCCCGUGGCGCGAUGGGUUGCCCUCGGUGACUGGACGUUGUGCAGCAACCUCUGCGGCCCGGGCGUGCGCACACGCCCCGUGGAGUGCCUAGGCGCGUGGGGGGGCGACGCCGUCGACCUGUGCAACGCCAACGCCGCCCCAGGAUUCACCAUGGAGUCGUACAUGCCCGCCUCCGAGCCCUGCGAGCAGUACAUAUCGUGCGCCUACGACUGGAGCUGCCCCGGCGGCCCAGAUCCCGUGACGGGCGAGGGCUGCGAGGCGCAGGCCUCGGGCGUGGCGGUUGCGCUCUCUGUCACGCUCCUCUGCUGUGUGUGCCUGCUGUGCCGACUGGCUCGGAGAAGGUACAAAAUGUCGAUGCUGGCGAACAUCCUGUGGACGAGGGAAGGAGGAAUCGACGACGGCGGCGGGAAUCUUCGACAGACGAGCGAUACAGCUCCAACGGCAGCUACGAACGACAUGGGUUCGGUAACCAGCACUUCCAACGAGUUCUUCCACAAGGGGCAGACGGUGGAUUAUUGGUCGGGCGCCACAAAGACAUGGCUGCCAGCCGAGAUCCUCGAUGUUAGGGACGCCAGCUACGACAUACGGGUUGGUGCUGCCGAGCAGACAGUGCACGGCGUGAGCGUGAAGGACCUGCGCGUGCCAUUCGACGAAGUCGAAUCGGCGAGCGUGCACGAGGUUCCUCCCCCCACACGGACUACAUCCAGCGCCGCAGGGACACCAGAGUGUGCUACCACGGACGAUGGGCCGGCGGCCGAGGAACGUUUCACGGUCUGAUUUUUUUGUUCGGUGUCCGAGACUUCUGUCUUGCAUGACGUAUGCGCGCGCCCUGCGCUGUGCAUGGUACAUUGUGCACGACGGCCUAGAUGCACUUCCGCAUUACCGCUCUCACAUUUUUCUCUCGGCGCUUAUUCGGUACAGGGUACCACAUGCAUACUAGUGUGGCUCUCGACGCUCGCGUCAUAGUAACCUUUCUUGAACUGUUCGACUGCUCACGUGGCCUCAAAGUAGGCAGAGUUUCUCCGCUACAGAAUUAUGGUAAAUGUGCUUAUCCAGCCUUCAGUUUUAUGCGAUGAGAUCUCCUCCUGCUCCGGCCCGUUUCUGGGUUGGAAUGUGCGUGCGUGAAGUAUGAGACUUGGUCGUAUGCCAUUUCCAGGAGUUUGUAGGUUCUAACUGCAAUGCGCAUUCGUACCAGGUACGCAGUGCAGGCUGUGCCCGCCCUCUGCGACGAAGUCCCUGUUACGAUCGGCUGGGGCGCACAUUGGAAAACGCGCAGACAACCAAACGCUUUUUCAACGAACCAGCAUCCUUGGUACUAGACGUACCCUUUUGUUGCGCAGCGCCCGCUGUUCGACGAUGUCCCUUCCCAAGGCGCUUAAACAAAAUCCGUAUUGGUGCUAGACGUGCCCCUCUGCUGUGCACAGCUUGGUAUUGGACGUGCCCGUGUGCCGUGCACCACUUACUGGCAGACACGGCCUCUCCCCAAGCUGAUUAAGGUAGCAUCUUUGGCACUAGACGUGCCCCUCUGCUGUGCACCACCCGCGUCUCGACGAGGCCCCUGUCCAGGCCGACAGAACACAUCCUUCUGGUACUCGACGUGCCCGGUGCCAUGCG